AUGUGUUUAGUCAAGACUACAGCUCAUUUGCUUUUUUAUUCCUUUGUAUUUGGAGGAACGACCUUUUAUUCCUAUGUAGCUUCUCCAAUCGCAUUCAAAGUGCUUGAAAAGGACCAAUUUUCUGCUUUGCAAAAUAAAAUCUUCCCAUAUUUUUUUCAAAUGCAAGCUGCAUCACCUGUCGUUCUGGCUCUUACUGCUCCUAUUGCUUUGACAACCGGACCAUUAUCUUCUUUGGUAGUAGCAUCCGUCAGUGGGCUAACCAAUUUAUUUUGGCUGUUGCCCUGGACCCAUAGAGUUAAAGAACAAAGAAAAGAUAUUGCCAAGAAAUACACAGGCGAUGAAUUGGAAGCAAAGGAUGCUGUGCUUCGUAAAGAAUUCGGCAAGUCGCACGGAUUGAGUCUUUUGUUCAAUCUUUCUAAUGUUUGUGGGAUGCUUGCGUACGGUGUAUGUUUGUCAGGAGGUUUAUUAAGAAAAAUUCCAAAAUAG